AGAGGCGGCGGGCGCGAGCGGCCGAGCAAAUCCGAGCGCAGCCGAGCCGGGCCGAGCCGGGCCGAGCCGGGCCAGGCCGGGCCCAGGAGCGCGCGGACUAUGCGGGCGGCCGGGCCGGGGUCGGCGGGUCCCUGAACCCCGCGGCCGAGCCAGCGAGGGAGCCGGAGGCGGCGGGGCCCGCCAUGGCCGGGGUCAGCUACGCGGCACCCUGGUGGGUGAGCCUCCUGCACCGGCUGCCCCACUUCGACCUGCGGUGGGAGGCCACCAGCAGCCAGUUCCGGCCCGAGGACACCGACUACCAGCAGGCGCUGCUGCUGCUGGGAGCCACCGCCCUGGCCUGCCUCGCCCUGGACCUCCUCUUCCUGCUCUUCUACUCCUUCUGGCUGUGCUGCCGGCGGCGCAAGAGCGAGGAGCACCUGGACGCGGACUGCUGCUGCACCGCCUGGUGCGUCAUCAUCGCCACGCUGGUGUGCAGCGCGGGCAUCGCUGUGGGCUUCUACGGCAACGGGGAGACCAGCGAUGGCGUCCAUCGAGCCACCUACUCGCUCCGCCACGCCAACCGCACGGUGGCCGGCGUCCAGGACCACGUAUGGGACACCGCAGCAGCCCUGAACCGCACGGCGGAGCCCAGCCUGCAGAGCCUGGAGCGGCAGCUGGCGGGGCAGCCAGAGCCCCUGCGGGCCGUGCAGCGGCUGCAGGGCCUGCUGGAGACGCUGCUGGGCUACACAGCCGCCAUCCCCUUUUGGAGGAACCCUGUGGUGUCGCUGGAGGUGCUGGCUGAGCAGGUGGAUCUCUAUGACUGGUACAGGUGGCUGGGCUACUUGGGCCUGCUGCUGCUCGAUGUCAUCAUCUGCCUCCUGGUGCUGGUUGGCCUCAUCCGCAGCUCCAAGGGCAUCCUGGUCGGGGUCUGCCUGCUGGGUGUCCUGGCCCUGGUCAUCAGCUGGGGCGCACUGGGCUUGGAGCUGGCCGUGUCUGUGGGCUCCAGCGACUUCUGUGUGGACCCCAACACCUACGUGACCAAGAUGGUAGAGGAACACUCAGUGCUGAGUGGGGAUAUCCUGCAGUACUACCUGGCCUGCUCACCCCGUGCUGCCAACCCCUUCCAGCAGAAGCUGUCGGGCAGCCACAAGGCACUGGUGGAGAUGCAGGACAUCGUGGUCGAGCUCCUGAGGAGUGUCGCCCAGGAGCACCCUGCUACCAAGGACCCCCUGCUCCGUGUCCAGGAGGUGCUGAAUGGCACGGAGGUGAACCUGCAGCACCUCACCGCCCUGGUGGACUGCCGCAGCCUGCAUCUGGACUACGUGCAGGCGCUGACCGGCUUCUGCUACGACAGCGUCGAGGGCCUCAUCUACCUGGCCCUCUUCUCCUUCGUCACUGCCCUCAUGUUCAGCUCCAUCGUCUGCAGCGUUCCACACACCUGGCAGCAGAAGAGAGGCCCUGAUGAGGAUGGGGAGGAGGAGGCCGCCCCAGGGCCGCGGCAGACCCACGACAGCCUCUACCGUGUCCACAUGCCCAGCCUGUACAGCUGCGGGAGCAGCUACGGCAGUGAGACCAGCAUCCCAGCUGCAGCCCACACUGUCAGCAAUGCUCCGGUCACCGAGUACAUGAGCCAGAAUGCCAAUUUCCAGAAUCCCCGCUGUGAGAACACCCCACUCAUUGGGCGUGAAUCCCCACCACCCUCAUACACCUCCAGCAUGAGAGCCAAAUACCUCGCCACGAGCCAGCCUCGCCCCGACUCCAGCGGCAGUGGCCACUAGACCGCGCUCCAGGCAGCCACCCGCCCCACGUGCCAAUUGCCCCCUCCCCGUGCCAGCACUGCCGCUUCCACCCAGGGCCGACCCCGGACCUCUGCACACCACGCCAGGCCCGCCUCGGACAGACGCAUCUGCAGGCCGCUUGCCCCUCCUCUCCCCUGCCCACAGGGGCACAGUUGAGAAUCGGGGGCUCUGGACCCGUGCCCCCAACUUGAGUCACACAUGUGAACACUGCUGCCAGCACCCCUGCCCUGCACGGCCACCCUCUGCCCCUGGAUUCACCAAGCCCACUCCUCUGGGCAGGUGCUUGUGCCGUGACACGUUCCCUCCCUCUGCAGCUGAUACCACUCUUACCCCUCCACCCCUACCUGCACCCUGGCCUGUGCUGUCCCUGCUGGGCCCGUUCCCUCCUGCAGCUCUGACGCCACCUGCCCGGGUGCUUCUGUGGACCCCUUCUUAGUUCACAGGCAUGGCAGGAGCCCUCUGUGCUGGGCAUCCCCUGGCCACCGAGGGACAGGGCACACACCACCUGCUCGUCCCUGCACCGCAGACUUUCUCAUGGCCCCCACGCACCCAUCUCUCUGCAGUGUCUGUGGCACCCUCCUCGCCCGUGUGGCCCAGCUGACCACAGCUCGCCUCUCCUGCCAGCUGCCGGAGCCUCUCGGGGCCCUCUCUGCUUCCUGCCACCUCUCUCUCCCUCAGCGCCUGCCCUGUGGAGGCACCAGCCCUCCCGUCUCCCAGGGCUGGCCUCCUUCUUGGUGCCAAACUCCCUCCCUCAACCCCAGAGACUGGGCAGCUUCAUCUGGUUCAUUUUUUGCACUAACUACAUUUGUCAUCUCCAGGGCAGGCCAGGGCUGCGGGCUGAGGGGACCACCGGCCCCUUCCCUCCCUUCUUGGUUCUGUUUCCAUCCACGACAGGUGCAGUCCCCGGAGCCCUGGCUGGGAAUGUGCCCUCAGCCCCUGCCACCCUCCCAGGACUAACCACUAACCUCACUCCCAGCUCCACGGGCGCCCCUGGCUGAAAGCCAGCGAGUGUGACCCCCAAGUUCAGGCUGGAGCCGAGGCCCAGCACAGCUGGCCAGGAGCCGGGGCUGGGGUAGCUGUUUCUUCGUGAGGUGCUGCUGGGGAGGGGCCCUAGACCAACAGGUGGCCCAGAGGGCCUGGAGACCGCUCCCUGGGCAGCUGCUAUCCCAGGAGGGCUGCAUCCUUGGCAAUGAAUAUCCCACGGGCUGUGGACUGGGGUCAUUACGGCCUCGAUCUCCCUCCUGUGAAGCGGGAACAUGGCUUCCCUAAGGUGCUUUUGGCUCUAGUGUACGAUGUUUGCUUCCUGCUGUGGAGGGUAGAACCACCCCCAAAUCAGGACUGGGAAGUUCUGCCCCUUCCAGCCCCAUCCCUGACCCAGACAGCGGGGCCAAAUACGUGUGCCAAGGCCAGGGGCAGCCAGAGGGCCGCUGGACAGCCAUGCGCAGGGGUCGAGGCCGGGCCCGCAGGGAAGGGGGCAGGAAGCCCCAGCAGUUUACAGACACGUGGUUCUCCCUCCUGGAACAGCAGGGCAGCUCCCUGUACCAGAAAUGUCCUCAACCCUCCCCAGGCCAGCUCCCUCUGCCCCUCCUCCGUGACCCCCCCUUCCUUUGUGCUGGUGUCUGGGACCAAAAGGGGGGAGGGGGAGGGGAGCCAGUGGGCCGGGGGCCCUAAGCCUGGGCGUCUGAGCCCCCCGGGCAUGACCAAACCUCGUGGAGGAGGCUGCUCCAGGCCCUGCCGGGCCGUCAUUCUGAGCCACACAGGGCGCAGCCGACCCGCCCUGGGAGCUUUCCUGACUGCGGGUCAGGAGGGGGCACUGGACCCCUGCCUGGGUGCCCGCGGAGCACCUGUGACUGCUCAGAAGCACAAAUGCUGCCCGCGGCCGAGAGGCUGCCGCAAGGUGAAUGUACAUAGCAUGAGAGGCGGGCGCUGCCCGGACGUGGCUGUGACCCCGUGCUGUCUUGGGACUCCCGACUGUCGUGUGCGUGCGUGCCCCGUCUGACUUUUUACUCACCGAGGUUGAAGACAGGAAAAGGGAAAAUCAAAAGGGGUUCAAACCCCACCUCAGUAGUGGCGGGGAGCGGCUCCCGUCAGCGGUUUUCUUUCUGUCCUGAGUGCCGCGUUCCCAACCCCCCAUCCCAGCGACCUCUCCACACCUACUGGGGGCGUCAGGCCAGGGCCACCUGCCCAUGGCCAGCCCCACGCUCACCACACCAGUGGGCCUUGCCUGCCCGGGCCCUGCAUCAUGGGAGUGGGGCAGGGAGGGCCUGGACCACCUGGUGGGCUCCUGGGUGCCCCCUCCCCUGUCCCCGCCCCCGCAGGUCUGGGUAGACGAAGGGCCUGGUUAGGAGCCCCCGACCCUUUCCCUGCCUCGCCCACCCACCCAUCUCACUAUGCAAUCCAGUUCCAAGCACCAUCCCCUCCUGCCCCGGGACCUGGCUCGCCCAGCCUGGGAGGUGGUUACUUGGCCCCAGAUGCCAGGGCAGGCGGGGGGCAGGGCCUUCUGUGGGGGUCUCUGGUUUGGCCAUAAUGGUUGUGUGCCGCACCACUUCCGA